AUGCUUCCCUCGUACAAGUUUCCGCGCUCGCACGGGUCGCUCGACUUGACCGAUCCCGCGACCGUCCCUCCUCCCUCUGGCUCGCAGUCGCACCCUUCCCUCCUGAUCACCGACUCGUACGGCCAGCACCAAGCCCCGCCAGCAGGUUCUAUAGACGAGCAGUACCUCGCCAAGUACACCUCGGUCACCCAGAGUCUCUUGAACGGCGCCGGAUCCGCUCCUCCCGCUCAACCAAACCCGGCGCACCUCUCGACUUCGUCGACUUACCCCUCGAAAACCCUCUCCCGCAUCUCUGAAUACUCGGAGUCGGCGUACUCGUCUGUCUCACGCUCGCGCGAGUCGCAGCAAGAGCCGUCGACCUCGUCCACUCAUUCGCACAACUCGUCCGCUCCUUCUCUCGUCGACCCGGCUUUCGCGCUCGGCACACCUUCCAUGUCCUUCCCCUCGCCGCCUCAGCAGGCGCACCUUGCCACCUCAGCACCCUUGCCGGCGACGAAGCCCGUCGUUCCAGCUCCCGCUCCUAUUGUCCUCUCCGUCACGAACCCCGACACACCUGAAGGCCUGAGCCCGGCACCCUCGCUGAAGAAGCACCAUCUCCCUUCUCGACCACUCACAACGCCCGUCCCGACGUCCAAUCCCAUCCCUCUGCCUGUCCCCAUCGACAACUUUGCCGCUCCGCCAGGUCAGGAGCGCUCCGGCAGUCCGUGGAACAACAGCUCGCCCACGCCUAACCAGCACCAGGAGGUCAUGGUGCAACUUCCCGGCCGGGGCUCCGUCUUGGCGUACAACAACCGCGACUCGCAACACGUCCAGAAGGACAGCGAGGCGACGACCGCUUGGAUGACGGCCGAGGACGAGAAGUACGACUCGAUGUACGCCGGCGCGUACGACCCGGUCUCGCUUGUUCGCACGCACAGCGAGGAGCCGAGCACGAACCGCUUCACGCUCGACGACCAGGAGAAGAUCAGCCAGCGCAAGGGCUCGUCGUCGAGUACGUCAGGAAUGGGUGCGGAUCAGCCUUGGCGCGAGGAGAACGCGAAGAAAGGGAACAACCGACGAGUCUUCCUCAUCUUGCUUGCGCUCCUGCUAGUCGGCGUCGCAGUCGGUGUUGGCGUCGGCAUCAGCCAGAAGAAGGCCUCCGAGCGGAACAACCUGGACCACGUCGCGGGCGCCGACUCGACCAACUCGAUAGACUCGACGGCGCUUCCCUCUUCACUCUCCGGCACUCGCCCGACUCCUGUUUCGUCUGCCUCCUUCCAGUCCGUCAUCCUCCCGCCGUCUUCUUCCCCUCGAACCGCCUCCGUCGCCACUUCCGGCACUUCUCCCUCGCGAACAAUCGCCAAUGCCGCAGCAGAGACGUUCUCGACCACCUUUGGCUUCGAGCGUGGCGGCAAGACGACGGUCGUCCCGCUCACGUACACCAUCCCGACGUCCUACUGGACUCGAGGCGACGGGCGAUGGCAGUUCACCGAGACGGUCGUCCUGCCGAACAUCGACGGCUCAGGGAGCUUCACGAGCGACUUGCGGUUCAGGGUCGCGCCGACGGGAACGGGACAGGCGGCGAGUAUCGAGACUGGUGCCGUUGCGAAGGUCCGGCGGGACUUGCAGAGCGAGCGGGUCAAGGAUGCGCGGCGGUGGGAGCGGCGGCAUCAGGACUUGGCGAAGAAGCGCGCAAGGGUGAUCCGAUAG